AUGAUGUCUCGUGUGUUGUGUUUUCUCGCUUUGCUGUUGUGUGUUGUCUCUUUGUGUGUGUCAGCUGAGACAGAUUCUUCUCUUACCGAUGGUCCUUGUGCUAAAGGUACUGAACCGCCUGAUGGUGAAAAUUGUUCGCGUACUCCUUCUCCUGCUGCUCCACAACCUCCUCGUUCUCCUGUUCCUGGUGAUCCUUCUCGUGCUCAAGAUGGAUCUGAUGCUGCUUGUGCUGAAGGUGAUACUGGUGUUUCUACUGGCGGUACUUGUCGUUCUUCUACGGGUGUUGUUACUCUUGGAACUCGUGUUCAAGGUGCACAAGGUCCAGCAGGUACUGAUGAUUGUGAGGCAUCUUCUGACAACAAGAGUUGUCCUGCCAGUGUUCCGAAGACUGAAAGCGAUUAUCCUGGUGAUAAUUGUCCAUCGAAGCCUCUGGUUACUACUGGAACAAGAGACGAUCGCCGUAAUGAACACGAUCCUCAAGGUCCUCCUGGUUUAGGCGGGUCUGGAAAUAUUGAUGAUGCUGGUAGAGAAGGUGAAGAUGGUACUGGUGGUAUCUCUAAUUCUCUUUCUUCUAGACCUCCUCAUACUGCUGCCGAACCUUCUGCAGGCGCUUCUGGCGAAGCUGCUCCUUCUGCUCCAGCUGCUGGUCCUUCCACUACAUCUUCUUCACCAGGAGAUGGGAACAGUAGUGACUCUACAAGUGUUGGUCAAACUGAAAGCGCAACAACACCAACUUCUCCUUCUCCCACUAAUUCGUCCACAGAGAGUACCGGUGAUUCUGAUGGUGGAACGACUGAAAACGGCAGUACACCUGCAGGGAGUGAAUCAACAAAUAAACCAAAUGAUGCAGAUAGCACAGAUACAACCACCACCACCACAACAACAACAACACUUCCUCCUGAACUCACAAACAACAAGAAGGGUGAUGCAGACAGCAGCAGCAGUAUCAGCAGUUCUGUGUGGGUGCGUGUACCACUACUGAUUGUGGUUACAAUGUCCUGUAUUCUUGUGUGCUGA